AUGGGCAAUAAAUGCUGCAAGUCUGCUCCAGAUGAGGAUGCACUAGAGAAAGAAAGACUGAAGCGGCUACGCAAGAAACGCCGCAGAGCCCAGAUCAAGGCGGCCAGGAAAAUCCAGGCCUGGUGGCGUGGCACCCUGGUGCGCCGCACCCUGCUGGCGGCCGCCCUCUGGGCCUGGGUGAUCCAGAACUGGUGGAGGGCGGUCCUGUGCAGGCGGGUUCUGCAGCGGCGGCAGGACCUGCUGAAGAUCUACGUCAUCCAGGAGGAGGCAGCCGUCAGGCUCCAGUCCUGGGUUCGCAUGUGGCAGUGCCACCGACGUUACUGCCACAUAUGGCACGCCCUCUGCAUCCUCCAGGUCCCAAAAAGCUGCUUCGCCUUACAGACCGAUGACCAUCUACAGGACCAGUACGACGUCCCUCCUGGGCAGCCUGAGUUCCAUAUCGAAAUCCUAUCGGUCUAA